UGUCAACCUCCCGUUUUGUGUGAGAGAGAUACGUGUCCAUGCGAAAUAGCGUGUGGUAAAUAAAAAUGUUCGUGUUAUUUUGUACACGUUUUUGAAGAAACAUUUUUGAUCUCUUGGAAAGACAAAGAUAAAUUGCGAUUUUAAUAAUGGAACACCAUUUUCUUAGAGAGCAAGCAACAAUUACAAUAGUGUGUGCGUAAAAUGAUUGUUCCGACAAUCGCGUUUUUCUGCAAGAAGACGAUAUCGUGACCCCGUGUUUAGCGAUCGCGAACAGAUGCGAGGCAGAGAUGUUAUUGCAUGAUCGAAAGGAUGCGACCUUCGUCUCUUCCAUUAUAUCUUGUGGAAUCAUCAUCGUUUGGUGAUUGUUGUGUAUUAUGAUAACGUAUUUUUGAAAGUCACAUCGCGAUUUGCAUCGUUUCAAGAAAACAAGCUGAUGCGUCGCAUUUAUUGUCACGAGGAGCCCAUACGUCGAAAGAAAUUCGUUCACGUUUUUGUAUGUGUUAUACGAUCAAAAUUACAUAAAAAAGCUUUACAAUGGAAAGGUGGAUCACAGGAAUCAGGUCAAUAGCGGUUGUUAUUUUCAUAACAACGUUUGUGUUCGGAAGCCAGCAAGUAUUGGAGAAUCUUAAUACUGAACUGGUGGCAGAAGACGAUCCCAUUCUUAUAUUUUCUACUCUCGGAGGAUCUCUUAUAGCUGUUUCUCGAUCGUCUGGAGAAAUAAGAUGGCAACAUGAUGAUGAACCAGUGAUUAGAAUGCCCAUCAAUCUGUCAAAAACUCAAAUGCCAAUGUUUCUUCCAGAUCCAAGAGAUGGUUCUCUCUAUCUGUAUGGUAGGGACUCGGAAGCGUUGAAAAAACUACCAUUUACAAUUCCACAGUUGGUGGCCAGCAGUCCAUGCAAAAGCACUGAUGGUAUAUUGUAUACUGGGAGAAAAGUUGACACCUGGUUCAAUAUUGAUCCAACGACUGGCGAAAAGGAACAGUUUUUAACUUUUAAUCAAGCGAAAAAUUCUUGUCCUCUCAAGGCACAAAAUGCUAUUUAUAUUGGUCGUACGGAAUACAACAUUAUUAUGGCAGACAUCAAACAUAAAAACAGAAAGUGGAACGUGACGUUCUACGAUUAUUCUGCCACACCAAUGAACCCCAAUGAUGACAAUUACGACAUGGUACAUUUUACCGCGAGUUCAACGGGUCGCGUUGUGACCCUUGACAGAAGGACAGGUAAAAGUCUAUGGGAAUUAGAUAUUGAAAGCCCAGUAAUAGCGAUGUACACCGUGACCAAAGAAGGAUUGCUGACGGUUCCUUUUAGCAGUAUUGCCGAUUCGGUGGUGGAAAAAUUUGCAACAAAUGUCGUUACAAAUCCGACCGAUGUUCAGCUAUUUCCAACUUUGUACGUCGGACUGUAUCAGCACGGUCUUUAUGCAUUGCCGUCGUACGUUGACACAGGGAUAACAAUAUCAAGAAAUUUCGAGCAUCUGUUACUCGAGGGACCAUUGUCGGCGUCACGUUUUUGUGACGACGACGAAGUAUCGGGAGAUCACAUAUUCAUUUCUAAUAUCGAUAUAGCCGACAAGAGUUAUCAAACCAUCAAACACGCUAAACAUGAUAUCAUUACAUUAGGUCAUUAUAACGUACCUGCGGAAUAUAAAUCGCAGAAUCAGCCCCUUCAAAUCACCGGCCGAUCCGAUCCAAUAAUCUUGGGAACCUCGUCUUUGAAUGUCACAAGCACGAAGAUAUCUGUCGCUAUACAAACGUCGAAUGGUACUUUGCAGUCGGAAAAUGUGACGCAAUCGACGAUUUACAGCACAAGCAAAUUAUGGCUCGAUCAACAGAUAAACACGUACGGCAUGUGGCUGAAGAUGAUAUUGUUCCUCGGUUUUGUGGUCGCAAUAGAUUGGUUCCUGUUGUCCUUUCAUUCUAAGGAACAGCAGUUGUCUCAGCAGGCUUCACGUGAAAAUAGUGGUACAAAUGGCACCGAUGUGUCAGGCAAUUCAAUCAUUUUGCCAGAAGAUAUUGGAGAAGGAUUGGUGAAGGUGGGAAAAAUUAUAUUCGAUACGAAACAAAUCCUCGGCAAAGGGUGUGAAGGAACAUUUGUGUACAAAGGUGAAUUUGACGGUCGUGCCGUGGCCGUAAAACGUCUUUUACCAGAUUGCUUCAUGUUUGCUGAUCGGGAAGUAGCUCUAUUGAGAGAAUCGGACACACAUGCGAAUGUAGUUCGAUACUUUUGUACCGAACAGGAUCGUAUGUUCAGAUACAUCGCUCUAGAGCUAGCCGAAGCCACUUUGCAGGAUUAUGUAGAGGGACAAUACGAUAGGGGAAAUAUAUCCGUGAAAAAUAUUCUACUUCAGGCUACAUCUGGUUUGGCGCAUCUACAUUUUCUAGAUAUUGUUCACAGAGACAUUAAGCCUCACAAUGUUCUACUUUCUGUUCCUGGACCCCGGGGAGAAGUGCGUGCGAUGAUAUCGGAUUUUGGAUUAUGUAAGAAACUUCAGUUAGGUCGCGUAUCAUUUUCGCGGAGAUCGGGCGUAACCGGGACUGAUGGUUGGAUAGCACCGGAGAUGCUGAAUGGUGAAAGGACGACAUGCGCGGUCGAUAUCUUUUCGCUUGGAUGUGUCUUUUAUUACGUUCUCUCCGACGGCAAACAUCCUUUCGGCGAUCCGUUACGAAGACAAGCCAAUAUCUUAUGUGGUAAAAGCAACUUGACAAAGCUUCAAGAAAUAUCCUCGAAUGACGAGGAAUUAGCACUGCUGCUUAUCAAAGCGAUGAUAAGCAGCGAUCCCACAGAAAGACCACCAGCUUCGGCGAUCUGUACUUAUCCUAUCUUUUGGAGUUCUUCAGAAAUUUUAGGUUUUUUCCAAGACAUUAGUGACAGAGUAGAAAAAGAUGAAGCCGAUAGUCCGGCUUUGAUAGCUUUGGAAACCUGCGGCGGACGUGUAAUACAGUACGAUUGGAGAUUACAUGUCGAUGAGGAAGUCGCAAGUGAUCUGCGAAAAUACAGGAGCUACAGGGGCGAGAGCGUAAGAGACUUACUCAGAGCUUUACGAAACAAGAAACAUCACUACAGAGAAUUGAGUCCGAGAGCUCAAGAGAAUCUUGGCGAGAUACCUGACAAGUUUGCAGAGUAUUGGCUAUCACGAUUUCCAUAUUUAUUGCGUCAUGUGUGGUGCGCGAUGCAGAAUUUCAGAAACGAGUCAACCUUGCGACAGUACUAUCAUUCGCAAUAUACUUUUUCGAACGACAGCGAAGGAGAAGAUCCGCCGCGAAUAGAUCGAAUAGAUCAGAUAAGUCUAAAUAACAAUGCGCUGCUAUCGGUGCCGAUCACAAAGACGAACUAUAAAACAAAAUUCCGUGGUCAGAAGAAAAAACAGGUGAAAAAGAAACGAGUAGAGAUCGCGACUUGGAUGGUGGAACCACCGAACGACAAUUCUACUUAACGAUUCUCACAGCUUUUUUUAAUCAUUAGCAUCGAACAGAACAAAAAACAAGUUUUUGUAGACAUCGACCACAGUUCGAGUUGUGAUAUAUAUCCGUUUCGCGGUUCUGCUGCUCAUAUUACGGCAACGUGUGUGUCGGUAGAAAACUCUUCAUCACCUUUCGUAUAUCUCCAAAAAUCAUCUCGAAGUUUGUCUAUCAUUUCCGUCAGCAAAUUAAUGCGCACGCGAUCACUUCUAAAUUACAUCAUCGUGUAAAUAAUAAGCGCUAUUACUUAGUAGUAAUCUAUAUAUAGUCCGAUCUUACAUAUCGACGAUAUUCUCUCACUCUGUUUCACUUAAUUGUAAAUAAGAUUGUUUUCUUUUUUUUUUCCAGCGAAUUCAAUCGCUUAUACGUUGUACUUUGCAUCGGCGUAUGUAUAUUAGAGACUGCUAUGCACGAAGUUAUUCAAAGCACAAAUUCACAAUUAUAAGCACUUCGAUUAAUAAAAAAUGUUCAAUGUACUUUAUUAAACAGUGUGAUGCAUCACAACAUGCGAUUUUUCAUCGAUUGACAUGCUUAUAUUUCACGUUUGUGCAUAUAACUUAUAUAAUCAGAAAUAUAUAUAUGACGUAUAUAUAUUUCUUCUAUAUACAGUUAUGUAACUUCGUGUAUAGCGAGCUUUACUAUGCACCAGUAUAGUGCGAGUGAUGGAAUUUGUUGUAUUUUACAUGUGUAUGUACAUACUUAUAUAUGUAUAUAUAAACGUAUAUAAAUAUAUAUAUAAGUAAGAGAUAUUAUAAUUAUAAAAUCAGGCUAUAGAAAUAUCGCUUUAUCUUUAUAACGACGAGUAUAUUACAACUAAGUAAUAUAGAGGUAUAUACACACGUAAAACUUGUAGCAGCAAGUAUGUGAGUACGAAAAAGCUCUUGAGGAAGUUGAGCUCUAUUGAACUGGCCUUAACGCAAGAGCCUACUUGUAUAUAAGAUUUAUAUUUUAUUUUUAUAUUAAUAAUAUUAGCACACACAAGUGAGUAGUUGAUGUGAAUGUACGUGCAUAUAUAUAAGAGAAUAAUGAGGGUGAGAGAAUAAAGUUGGUUUAAUACAAUGGCGCCAAUAGUGUCUGCGGCCACAUUGCUUUCCGGCGUUUGAAAUCAAUUUCUGAUUGGUCAAAGAACAGCCGUUACUUUGAACCAUUUGCGUGUCAAAACCAGGCUGGGAUACGUUCCAAAAUCUUACUUUGGUAACCGAAAACUAUAGUACACGUGACGCAAAAUAUAAUAUUUUAGUAACCAAGGUAGGGUUUUGGAAUGUACCGCUGAUUGUUGGAAUCUGACUACCGGUUAAGGUUAGGUUAGGUUAAACGCAAUUACAAUGGUUACGUUCAGAAAACGCAACGGUUGAGAGAUCAUUACUUGUGAUAGGACUAUUCCUCAAAAUCUGUUACGGUUCUAAAAAUAUGAUCUAAUUAUAAGUAAUUAUCUCUCAACCGUUGUACAACUGUUGAGUUGUCUGAACGCACCCAUUGAUCAA